GUGAAGGAGACGGGGUCAGAGUGGGAAAGAGAGAAAAAGAGAGAGAGAGAGAGAGACAGAGAGAGAGAGAGAGAGAGAGAGAGAAAGAGAUGCUAUAACUGCCGUUUGUUGAAGAAUCAGGAGUUCUCCAUCAGUACCAUGUAGCUCUGGACCGUGGAUGGAUGGAUCAGGAGGAUGCUGAGAGAGGUGGAUUGUGGGUAAGGAGACAGCAGGUGGAGGUAUGCAGAAGUCCAAACAAAGGAAUGAGAAAACAUCUGCAUCAAUGAUCUUCUUUGGAGAGAAAGUCUCUCAGGCUUAUCUCCUGGUCCUGGUUCCAGUCAGCGGUUCUUCCCCAUGCUCUCACUGAGGAGCUGCUGCUUCCCUGAGGGUCCGGAGAGCAGCUGGAGGAGGGGGUCUCUGCUGCAGGAGGAGAUAAACUGAGCUGAAUGGAGUGUGAGAUGCUCUGACAGUGCUGGGGUUCAGUGACACCUUGGGGGGGAAAUGUAUGCCUUCUACUCUCUGCUGGUCUACAUCUUCUACACCGUCUUCAAAAAGGAGGAGGAGGAGGAGGCUUUAGAGGGGGCAUGUGGAGGAUCCUCAGAGCAGGAGCCUGGCCAUGUUUCUAUGGAAACAGGGAGCAGAAGGAGAGGUGGCCCCGCCCCCAGGUUGGGAAAAAGGGGGAGUGGCAGACUCAGCGACUCCAGCAGCAGCAGUGACAGCGAGGGUCUGUCUCUCAGUGAUGAAGAUGAGGACGAUAUUGACGAAGGUCAAGCGACCCCUGCUAAAACACCGCUGGGGGCUUUCCUGUCCUUCAAACAGGAAACGGAGAAGAGGAGAGCUUCCACUGUCCACACAGAGCUGGUGGAGAAGGUGUCUGAAUCUCCGCUGGUGUCAGUGAUGUCCCACCUUCUGAGCUUCCUAGAACAGUACUCCCACCUGCAGCAGCUGCAACAGCAAGCCGAGCAGUACCGCGUGCAGCUGCGCCGGCACCGUGCUCAGCACCGCCGCAAAAUGAAGGCCCUGCGCUCGUCCUACCGCCAGCGGCUUCGAGACAAGAACAGCCUCAUCAGCAGUUUGGAGGAGGCCAUCGGUCAGGUGCAGUCACCUUCUCCUGACAGCGAGGUGGACUCUCCUGCAGGGCUUCAUAAGCUGGUACAGUCAGUGUGUGGGCUGCAGGGUGAGCGCAGGCAGCUGAGGGUGGAGCUGAAUUUACUCCAUUCACAGUUGGAGCAGCGAGAGCAGGACAAACACACUAAAGUCCUGGCCUUCCAACAGCAGAUCGACGAGCUGAAGAGCUGUAUAGAGGAGAGGGAGGAGGAACUGUCUCGACUCAGAACCGCAUCCGGAGUGACGGACUCGGAGAAGCGAGUGCUGUGUCUGUCUGCGGAGAACGAGAGUCUGAAGCACAGUCUGACCGUCACUCAGGGCCUCCUGCAGCAGCUGUCCGUCCUGCCGUCCCAGUCCAGCUCCGUCCUCAUUAAGGAGAACGAGAACCUGCGCAGUCGCGUGCUGCAGCUAGAGGGCGCCCUGCAGCAGCGUGCAGAUCAGCUCUCGCGCCUGGAGCAGAGUGACUGGCAGAGGGGGGAGGAGCUAAGGAGGAGGGAGGAGCGAGUGCGCGAGCUGCAGCUGGAGCUGGACAAGGAGCGAAGCAAGGAGCCCACUGUGAAGUUUGUGACGCAGACCGUGGAGGUGGAGUCGCCGUCCACACUGAGGCAGCUGGCCGAUGAGAGGCAGAGGAACGAACAGCUGAGAGAGAGGCUGACCAAUCAGAGCGAGAGAUGUAGACAGCUGGAGGAAAACAUCCGACGGUCAGAUGAAGUCAGCUGCAAUCUACAGCAUAAGAUCGCCGCCUAUGAGAGGGAGAUCGGGACGCUGCAGGCCGAGCUGCUGAAGGAGAUCGGUCAUCUGGAGGAGAAGAAGGAGGAGGCUGUGAAGGCAGCUUCCAACUGCUCACAGGAACAUCUGAAGAGCCUGCAGGAUCAGUUCAUGACCCUGCAGAACCGUCUGAAUGCUCUUCCUCCGACGCUGCGCUCCAUGAAGACGGACUACGCCAGCCUGAGGACACAGGUCCGCAACUUCUCAGAGUUUUAUGGAUCAGCCAUCAAAGACGCCAAGAAACAGAUUUCGGCAGCGAUAAGUGAAAUGUCAGAGGCCAACAAGGAUCUUCUGGAGAAAUACAGGAAGGAGGUGGCUCUCCGUAGGAAGUACCACGAGCAGCUGGUGGAGCUAAAAGGUAAUAUCCGGGUGCUGUGCCGUGUGAAACCAGUGCUGAAGGAAGACGAGCAUGAGGAAGGCCAGACGGUCGCCGUGACGACAGAUCCUCAUAACGAAUCAGCCCUCACAGUCCUGAGUAAAGGGAAAGCAAAAACAUUUGAACUGGACAAAGUCUUCCACCCUCAGGCCACUCAGGAGGAGGUGUUUCAGGAGAUCGAGCCGCUGAUCACGUCCUGUAUAGACGGGUAUCACGUCUGUAUCUUCGCUUAUGGCCAGACCGGCUCAGGGAAGACCUACACCAUGGAGGGUCCUACAGAGAAUCCGGGCAUCAACCAGAGAGCGCUCAAACACCUUUUCAACGAGAUCGAGGAGAGGAAGGACAUGUGGACGUAUACGGUCACCGUCAGCUCUGUGGAAAUUUACAACGAGGUUCUCAGGGACCUUCUGAGUAAGGACGGGGAGAAGCUGGACAUUAAAAUAAACCCAGACGGGACAGGUCAGCUGCAUGUGCCCGGCCUCAGGGUCAUUGAGGUCAAGAGCUUUCAGCACAUCAAAAAAAUUUUGGCCACCGCUCGGAGAAACAGGAUAACGUUCGGGACGCAGAUGAACCAGCACAGCUCCCGUUCCCACGCCCUGCUCACUGUUACUGUACAGGGAGUGGACCUCGCCACCGGCUCCAAAUCCUCCGGUAAGCUGAACCUAGUGGAUCUGGCGGGUUCGGAGCGCGUGUGGAAGUCGGGAGCAGAGGGCGAGCGUCUAAAAGAGGCCCAGAACAUUAACCGCUCACUGCUGGCUCUGGGAGACGUCAUCCAGGCCCUGAGGGGACGCCAGACACACAUCCCGUUCAGGAACUCAAGACUAACCUACCUUCUGCAGGACUCUCUGGGCAAGGGCAACAAAACCGCCAUGGUUGUGCAGAUUUCUUCUUUGGAGAGAAACGUUGGAGAGACUCUCUGCUCGCUGAAGUUUGCACAGCGUGUUUGUAAAGUGGAGCUGGGUCCUGCCGCACGCAAAAUAGAGAGCGGAGGCCACGGAGACGCUGUUAACUAAACUGUGUGCUUUACCUUGUACCGAUCCAGCAGCAUUUCUACCCUAAAGAGAAACCUCGGACGGUCUGAAAGAACUCUCCGCCAGGGUUUCUCUCCUGUAUUAAGGGCUACUCCAUCUGUUUUUAGGGAUAAAGAAAAAGCAUUUGGGUGAUUUUUUGAAAGCACCAGCUAAAUACCAUCCACAGCGACAGCUCUCCUGCACAUCUGAGACAUACCUGGACCCCGUUACCUCACUGUCCUGCUGGAGGGAUGUUCUUAUAUGCACAGAUUCGAGAGAGCACCCUUCUGACUUCACUAAAGAUAACAUCAGUUUGUCUUCUGUAGCCACAGUAUCUGCACUUUUAAGGUUUCCAAAGCAGUCAUCACUUCCUCAGCUGGGAAUCCAUGGUGAAAUGUUGCACAUUUGCGUUCAAACUAGCAGUAAUACCAUUUCAGUCUUGUGCCAAUGUCUUGUUUUUACUGAGAUGAUGGAGGAAAGUGUGUAAUUGUGUUAUGUACCAUAACAGAUCUAACUAAGCUUUUUCACACGACUGACCUGUCUCUGAGGAACACAUCCUCCCCUAAAUACAGGCUGCACAAUGUCAGGGUACCAUCCACGUCUGGACACCUUUAACUGAAUUCAGGGACACAUGAAGUUCCACCACAUCUUUUUAAGCUGCUGAUAAACAUCUAGCAGGUUUGUGAGGCAAGAGUCAAGAGCAGCAACUACCUACACCCAAUGGGAUCACACAGAGAGAAACCAAUCAAUGGAUCAUCUGCAUGGCCAAAUCCAUUUUUAUGCAGGUUCUGCCCAUUUCAUGUAUCCCUAUUAUAUGCCAAAAAAUGACUGCAAACCUACAGUAGAAAUGGGGGUGAAUAGAGCUAAACUCUAAAGGUAAAAACUCAAAUUAGAAAUUACAACAUACAGGGGUUGGACAAUGAAACUGAAACACCUGGUUUUAGAGCACAAUAAUUUAUUGUGGUGACGGACAGUUCUGGUGGAAACAGGAGAGUUGAGGUGCACAUUGAAUUCUGCCGUGAUUUGGGGUUUAGUCGUGGUUUUAUGUUUUUAGGAUACAAUCCGGGUUAGCACCCAAACCUCCCUUUCAGACAGCUUCCUCUUACAGCGUCCACAGUUAAUCCUGUUGGAUGUGGUUCAUCCCUCUUGGUGAUAUGCUGACAUUACCACGGAUACCAGGGUAAUUAAUGAAGAUUGGUCACCAGGCUGGUCCAAUUUAGCCAUGAAACCACCCACACUAAAAUGACAACUCCUGUAUUUCUUUAAUAUUACUAAAAAAAAGGCUAAGAAAACUUACCUGUAUAUUUUCCUCUUUUGGCGGUAAGGUGGUAAAGGUGGUAAAGACGCUAGCAUUACUUCUACUGAGGUGAAAGACUCAAAGACGCAAUUACAGCACAACCAGUCAUGUAGUAUAAAUGGGACAUUAGCCUGGUUGCUUUUCCCAGGUCGUUUCACAGUUUAGGACAUUUUUGUCCCUUAACCCUUAAUGUCCCUUAAGGGACAUUUUUGUCCCUUAACCAGGUAAUUAAUGAAGAUUGGUCACCAGGCUGGUCCAAUUUAGCUAUGAAACCUCCCACACUAAAAUGACAACUCCUGUAUUUCUUUAAUAUUACUAAAAAAAGGCUAAGAAAUCUUACCUGUAUAUUUUCCUCUUUUGGCGGUAAGGUGGUAAAGGUGGUAAAGACGCUAGCAUUACUUCUACUGAGGUGAAAGACUCAAAGACGCAAUUACAGCACAACCAGUCAUGUAGUAUAAAUGGGACAUUAGCCUGGAUGCUUUUCCCAGGUCUUUUCACAGUUUAGCAUUUUGUCCCUUAACCCUUUCAGACCUAAAUUAUGUACCAGAGUUGAAAAAUAUGAAUAAUGAUAAUAAAAAUAAUACUGUUUUCUUUCUGCAAUGCACACAAAGGAAGACUCUAAAAUUAUAAUAUAAAAUCUAUAUUAACCCUAAAUUUGAUUAACUAAAGGACGUCUAUCUAACCUUUUUAUUUUAGAUUUGAUAUUGAAAUUUUGGUCACAAGCCAUCUCUAAACAAUAAAAUGAAAUCUCAUGAAAUUACAUAAUUACAUACAACUAAUUUGCCUCUUUGGGUUAAUCUACUGUUUCAUUGGCUUAUGAACUUUAUCUUUGGCUCAUUUAUAGUCUAUUAUGAUUAAAAACAGCUCUCAAUUAGUGUUAUGUGCAACAAAAACAAGAAAAUACAUGAUGUUUAUUGUAAUGGAUGCAGGGUCUGAAAGGGUUAAAUAUCUAGAACUCUCAAAUCGCACAAUGCUACCAGAGCUGGAAGGAUAAAGACUAACAUCCCCACCCACUGGGGCUCAACACGCUUGAAGGAGAGUGCUAACUGCUGAUUCUGUAACAUCAGCUAACAGACGCCUGUGUGCAUUAGCAUCAUCGCCCACACCGAGUGAUUGGGAGGGGGUUAAGGAUUGAGGGGUUCUACAGUCUGCCUGAAAGCUUGUACCAUCAGUAACUGAGGGGGAGGAGCUUACUAAAAGAUCAGACUACAUUGCUACGUCUUGUCAAACAGUGUGACUUUAUUUGAAAAGUGCUUAGAACAUAGCAUUUCUAUUACUUCUUUUAGUAUUAUUAUUCUAAAACAAGCAGCCAACCUAAUUUCCACAGUAAACAUAUCUUCAAAAUUAAGCAAGGAAAAUAAAAACUCCAUGCAUAUUAUUUUUUUUCCCAUGCAUUUUAUGUAAUCAGGUACAAGAAUUUGCUAUUAUAUACAUAUACAGUGUUUGUGGAGGCUAAUGGAGGUGUAGUAUAUACUCAGUCUGGCAUUGGCAUAAUUAGUCCUUGAGGUGUUACAUAUUAAGAGAUAUGAUCUAUUAGCCCUUUUUGAUAACUGUAGGAAAUAAAAAUGCACUUUAAUUUGAGCUUAACUAGAAGUAGAAUAAGAAUAUUUUAACCAAAAGAAGGCGUGUCUUUGUUUCUAAACUGGGUUGUGAAUGUGCUUAUUGACUUAUUGAGGUUCUCUGUUAGUAGAUGAAUAUGUAGGUUAAUAUGUAUUUAUUUAUUCUUGUGUUAAAGAAGUGUUGCUAGUUCUAUCCGAGAAUCCGAGAAAGUGUGCAAUACUGAACGGAAAGUGAAAACAUGUACUCCUUACUGACCACUGUAUUCAGAUCAUCCCAACACUGGCGACAAACACUCAGUAAAUCUGUGAUGGACGAACGUUUACGAAUAAAGAGAUUCAGCCAAGGCUCGUUUCUAAAGCUGUAAAUUAGUAUUUAGGUACAGUAGAGUUGUUGCAUUCUUACAGGUUUGUAAACUCGCUGUAAUAUUUGCCAUUUGGAACUUUCCAGUUUACUUGUGUAUCAGUAACAACUAAGAAAUAAAAAAAAGAAAUGCUAGCUCUGCUUACUUUUUUAUCUAAUCACAUGUAUCUAGCAAUGCUUUGACAAAUAAAACAGGUACAUUUCA